GCGCGCGCGGGGCGCCGGGCUGGGCGGCUCAAGCGGUGCAAGGGAAGGAGGCCGCCGGGUGCCUGCUCCGGCGGGAAGAGGAGCGCAGGCCGUGGGUGAGCAGGAUGGGAGCGAGACCCCUCUGACGCCGGCUGAGGCCACUGGCUGAGAGCGACAUGUGUCUGCGCAUCGGUGGCCUGAACGUGGGUGAGUUCCGGAAGGUGCUGAUGAAGACAGGCCUGGUGCUGGUGGUACUGGGUCAUGUGAGCUUCAUCGCAGCCGCUGUGCUCCACGGUACCAUGCUGCGCUUCGUGGCUGCCGCCAGUGAUGCUGUGGUUCUACAGUACUGUGUGGUGGACAUCCUCUCCGUCACCUCUGCCAUUGUGGUCAUCAUUGCAGGAAUUGCAGCUGUUGUCUUGUCACGAUACCUCUGCAGCACCCCCUUGCGCUGGACCGUGUUUAGCUUGAGUGUGGCCUGUGCAUUUCUUUCUCUGACCUGCGCCCUUGGACUCCUGGCCUCCAUCGCAGUGACUUUUGCCACCCAGGGCCGGGCACUACUGGCAGCCUGUACUUUUGAGAGCCAUGAACUCCCAACACUGGCGCCUGACUGUCCCUUUGAUCCUACUCGAAUUUACAGCUCUAGCCUGUGCCUCUGGGCCAUCUCGCUCAUGUUCUGUGUGGCGGAGAGUGUGUCUGCCAUGCGCUGUGCCCAGCUCGUGCAUCGGCUGCUGGAACUGAAGCCCUGGUGGGGGAAGAGCUGCCACCACACGAUGCAAAUGAGUCCAGAGCCCCUGGAUGGCCAUGACCUACUAAGCUGCGCCAGCUCUGUGCAGCUGACCAUCUGACACCUCCAUAGGGCUAUGGCUACUGAGGUAUGUGACCAAGCCCGCACUGACCAUGGAGCCAUGGAAGCCGAGAUGGAUCCAGGACUCCCAGAGCAGUCCCAAGAAGGCUCAAUGGACCCUGGGGACCUGGGAGAGGGCUUUGAAGGCCCUCCCUGGCCACCCAGCACUCUGCACUGAAACAAGACUUUAUUUUGAAGAUAAUAAAAAGAACAGAGAUGCUC